AUGGUGGCGGAGACGACGAGCGUCGCCGUGCCACUGCGGCUUGUGGCCAAGCUGCGCACGUACGAUCUCUCGUGGAACGCAUCCUUGCCUGCCGAGUCGCUCCUACACCAGGCACGCGACCUCACCGAGCACCAGAUCGCGCUCGAUGCGCUCUUCAAUACAACGCAAGGCCGCGAGGUCGACUUGACGGCGCCGCUGGGACAGUCGGUGGCGCCGAACGAUGUCGUCGAGGCCAAGAGCUUCCUCGACAUGCCCGACGACUCGUACACGACGCUGCCAUGGUUCGCCGCGACCACGUCCCAAGACGGUCUCUUCUACCAGCAGCUCUGCGCGAUGGCGAUCGUCGGGAAGCGCGAGAACCGACGCGUCGCGAGAGAGAUGCGGCAGCGCGCCAAGGACACGGACCAGCUCCUCUCGCUCAUGGCGCUCUACUUUCAAACGUCGCCGGACCAGCCCAACGUGGCCGUCGUCACGGACCAGCCGCGGAUCGUCGUACGAGCGCGCCGGGCGUCAUCAGCACCUGCUGCGCCACCGUCGCCGGUCGUAUCGUCUGCGAUCGCACGGUCACCACCGCGGUCGCCCGACGUGAGCGCGUUUACCGACUCGGACUCGGAGGACCCGCCGAUGGUGUCGCCGCCGCCUCGUGCGACGCCACCGCCGUCCAUCAAGGUCACGACACCCGAGGACGUGUUUGACGUGGUCUUUACGCAAAAGGCCAUCGGUCUCAAGCUCAUCAUGGACGACGGUAAGCGGUAUGCAAUCGUACGCGAGUGUAUGGCCGGCUCCGAGGCCCACCGGUACCCCGACAUUCAACCGGGCGUCGCCGUCGUGGCCGUCAACGGGCAAAGCAUGCACGGGAUCGGGCUCAAUCGAACGCUGUCCCGGCUGCGAGAAGCGCCGCGUCCAGUGGUUGUCCGCUUUGGCCACGCCGCCAAGGCGACCAGCGCAUCAUGGAGCGAUCUUAUGUAG